AUGGCGCCUCUAGAAGCUCCACAGCUUGCAAUCCCGGGAUCGGGCAACCCAGGGGCUUCGGAACGUCCAAACGAGCUGUUUUUGGGCCAAAAUGAGACAGAAAUGGCGCCACAGCAAAAGAUACAACAAAGGCCAAAGAUGGACCAAGUUUUCGACGAUUGCUUACAUUUUAUGGGCCAACACCCAGUACUAAGUAGCGUUGGAGGCUUCUUAGGACUUUAUUUUGCUGCCGGGGCUUAUAAAAGCAUAUCGAAAGCUGUGGGCGGUGGUAAGGCUGCGGUGCAGUUCGCGAAAGGUGGUUUCGACAACAAAAUGAACGUCAAGGAAGCAUUGCAGAUUUUAAAUCUUAACGAGGCCAGCCUUAAUCGCAAAAAACUGAAAGAGGUUCACAGACGUAUCAUGCUCGCUAACCACCCGGAUAAAGGCGGAAGCCCUUACUUGGCGACCAAGAUUAAUGAAGCUAAGGACUUCUUGGAGAAAAGAGGCCUGAAGAAGUGA